AUGAUACACCAUGAUCCUCUCAACGAGGACCGGGAGGACGCCCCAUUUCUCGAUGCAAGCACCUCCGGCCCGGCCCAUCACCAUGUUCCUCACAAGUCGAGUAUAAGCAGCCAACCAGUGGAAACUAAUGCCGCCAGUUCGAUCAGCUUCCGAUUCAAGCUGAUCCUGUUCACCAUGAUCCUGGCGGUGGAAAUCGGCUUUGCAUUCCUGGAAGGCCCGAUGGUCCGGAUCAUGGAGGCAAUCGCCUGUCGUCAACACUUCCUCGGUGCCGAUCCGACACAAAUUGGGCCGGAUGGACAAGUACCGGAGGCUCUGUGCAAAAUUGCAGAGGUACAGGCGGAACUCGCUGCGGUCAAGGGGUACCACAUGUUCUUCGAUGGGACUAUCAGCGCGCUACUGGCGAUCCCGUACGGUCUGCUGGCAGAUCGGCAGGGUCGCAAAUCCACACUCGCUUUAUCUCUUCCUGGAUUCGGGUUGAACGCCAUCUUCACACUGGUUGUGUUGUGGUUUUCGGACAUAUUUCCCUUGCGCGCCCUAUGGUUUUCCGCCUUGACGUGGCUGUUCGGGGGUGGUCCGGUUGUGUCGUUUGCCAUUAUCUGGACCAUGAUGGCUGAUGUGACCACCGAGUCGGAAAGAGCUGGUAUUUUCUUCCAGUUUGCCAUCGUAUCAAUGGGCGCCGACUUCUUUUCGACAGCCCUUAGCUCUUAUCUGAUGAGCUUAAAUCCAUGGAUUCCAUUGGUCAUUGGAUUCGGCAUUGUGAUGAGCGGGAUGAUGCUCAUUCUGCUGCUACCGGAAACAAAACAUGCUUUGCCAUCUCGUCAAGCAGAGCAAUCCCACGUGGAGAUGUCAGAUUUAACGGAUGAAAACAAGACAAAGCAUUAUGCGGACGAACCAAACGAUCCUGAGCCAUAUCACGACGAAGCUGACAUGAACGGUGACCGUGAAAACGAGGCACCCUCGUGGAGCAUCCCUUCGUACUCACACCAGUCCUUCUCGACUAAGCUCCGCGCGAACUACCGGUUCUAUCUGAAGCCAUAUCUAUUCAUCCUGAGCCGCAAGCCAGUGCUUCUCCUCUUGACUGCAUUCCUAGUCUACCGCCUGAGCCGAGGCUCCUCCUGGUUCCUGGCACAGUAUAUCUCGAUACGCUAUUCCUGGACACUAGCACAGUCAAACUUCUUAGUGGCAUGUCGCCCCACGGUGUCCAUUCCGCUAUUCCUAUUCGGCCUUCCCUACCUAAAGAGCCAUGUGCUGAGCCCUCGACGCUCAGCAACAGAGAAGGAUCUCUGGCUUGCGCGCGGAAGUAUCCUCUGCCUGACGAUAGGAACUCUUGGAAUCGGUCUUUCACCGUCCCUUGCCACCAUGAUCCCCAGCAUGAUCAUCCAGACCUCAGGAUCGGGUUUUUUGUUCCUAGUCCGCUCAAUCAUUACCACGCUCGUGGAACGCGACGAGACCGCUCGCUUAUUCACUGCCAUUGAGAUUAUCCAAUCUCUCGGUAACGUGAUUGCUAGCUUGACCAUCACGACCGUCUUCCAAGUUGGUCUGCGUCUCGGCGGGUUCUGGAUUGGUUUGGCGUGGAUGAUGACUAGUAGUCUAUUCUGCUUGGUUGGAGUAGCUAUCUGGUACUUCAAGCUGCCUCCGAUUGCCCCCACGCCGGAAUUUGUGGUGGAGGAUUACGAAGAGGAUGAUAGAGCGUGA